AUGAAUCGCAUCCUGGCCAGGAAGAAAUCGUCGUCUUCCCUGCGGAGCCGCAAGCGUUCGGAACCUGGUUCUGCGAGCUCUGCAACGCCCAACGACCAAAAGCCCAGAGAAGCUAAAAGCGCUCCGUACCGAGAUCCACGCUACAGAAAAUUGCUUGAGGUCAGAGGAAGCUUCAUGGAUGAGUCUGCCCUUGGUGUCGCGGAUGGGAGUGCAGAUAUGAUCCUUGAGUUGCUGAGCUCUAAGCAGAAUAUUCCUAAAGACUCGCUCUUUCGGGACGAUAUUUUCAAGAAAACCUGUCGGAGUGUCGCAGACCGGAAUGAAGUGAGGGUCAUGCGAGAUAUCAGUCCCUGGCUCGUGCCGUCCGCAGAACUACUUGCUAUUUUCGGAGCAAGCGAACUCGAAUGCUUAAUUGAAAGCAUAAACGAACCAUGGAACAAUUCGAUCCCCGUAACUGCCACCCCACCACAGCCUGACUACUCAGUAGGAUUCAAGCGGGAAGCGUUUACAAAAGGCCAGCUAGAAAGGCUAUCCCCACUUAUUGGUGACUGGAUUGCUGGAGACCAGUCCUUCUUCAUGGCGACAUACCUGAUAUACUUUCCUUUUCUAACUUGCGAGGUAAAAUGCGGUGCUGCUGCCCUAGAUAUUGCAGAUCGUCAGAACGCUCACAGCAUGACACUAGCUGUGCGGGCUGUAGUUGAGCUGUUCCGCGCAAUAGGGCGGGAGGAUGAAAUUAACCGGCAGUUGCUCGCAUUCUCCAUCUCGCAUGACCAUCAGUCUGUGCGAAUUUAUGGACACUACCCUGAGGUAGAGGGCAAAGAAACAACUUACUAUCGUCAGACUAUCCGCAAAUUUGAUUUUACGGAGCUUAAAGGCAAGGAUAAGUGGGUGACGUAUUCUUUUACUAAGAACGUCUACCAACUGUGGAUGCCACAGCAUUUCAAGAGAAUCUGCUUGGCCAUUGACCAGUUGCCGACCAACUUGGACUUUGAUGUUCCCUCUCUUCAAGAAUCCGGUCUGUCACAGGAUCUUGAAAGUUGUGACCUAGCUCACUCAGAGGUGGACUCGGCGAUUGAGCCCAACGCCUCUGAUCGACAGGCCACUCUAGAUUCUUCUUUCACAGGGCUAGGCGCGGUUAAGAAGCCAAGGCGAAAGCACGGGAAAGGAUAG